AUGGCUCCAAGAAAAAAAAAGGCGAUUACCCAAUUACCUAAAACUUUGGCAUCCAAAACUUCAACACCAAACACUUUGAUUAAUAAAACCUCAUUUCCAGUUACUUAUUCUCUUAGUAACUUAUCAUCACAACAACAACCAUAUUCGGUGGCUACACGAUCAUUACAACAACCAUAUUCGGCAACACAAUUUUAUAUGGAUCCUUUAAUGUUAAAUAAAACAACAUCAAAUGAAACAAUUUCAUUUUCGCAACCCUUAUUUACUACUAGUCAAAAUCAAGAAAAUUUAUUGCCAUUCGGUCCUGUAGAUAUUGAAUCUAAUAUUUCUUCAACCGUUACUUCUGGCAAAUUAUCAAAUCAAUGGACUUCAUCUGAAACACGGUUACUUAUUGAAGAAGUAGAAAAACAGCAACAGGCAUUACAACAAGCAAAAGAUCCAAAAGAAAAAGGUCAAAUUUGGAAUAAAGUUAUUGCUAAUGUGCAAUCUUCUGAAAUUGCAAGCUUAGUUUUAAAAGAACGUACAAAAGCAUCAAUUCAACAAAAGUGGGAUUCACUUUUUCAAAAAUAUCGUGAUAUCAAAGAUAAGAUUGCAAGUACCGAUGAAGAAGCUAUUCAAAAUAAUUGGGAAUUCUUUGAUUAUAUGGAUGAAUAUUUAAAAAAAGAUCCAAGCGUUACUGCACCAAUUACAAGUGACUCAAUCUAUGGAAUUAAACGAAGAAGUAUUGAGGAUCACGAAGAAAAUGAGAAGAAAAGAUGA